AACACUAUGGCUAUGUGCCCUCCAGCGUCGGCUCCGGUCUGCCGCUGCCGGCCCCAUGCCACGACCUCCAGACCUCCUCACCGGGCCUCCCAGCGAGCCACCCCUCGGGGUAUGGAGGGGCUGUGGACGGCGGGCCCUCGGGAUACUUCCUGUCUGCCGGCGGCCUCAGGCCCAAUGGCGCACCAGCCCUGGAGAGCCCUCGCAUCGAGAUCACCUCCUACCUGGGCCUGCACCACGGGCCGCCCUCCACCGCCACGCUGCACCUGCCGGGCCUGGAGGCCUACCGCGACCCCUCCUGCCUGAGCCCGGCCAGCAGCCUGUCGUCCCGCAGCUGCAACUCCGAGGCCUCGUCCUACGAGUCCAACUACUCUUACCCGUACGCCUCGCCCCAGACGUCGCCCUGGCAGUCUCCGUGCGUGUCCCCGAAGACCACGGACCCCGAGGACGGCUUUCCCCGCGGCCUGGGGGCCUGCACGCUGCUGGCCUCCCCGCGACACUCGCCGUCCGCCUCGCCCCGCACCAGCGUCACCGAGGACAGCUGGCUGGGCCCCCACAGCUCCAGGCCCACGUCGCCGUGCAACAAGAGGAAGCACAGCCUCAACGGCCGGCAGCACUCCUACUCGCCCCGCCACUCGCCCACGCCCUCCCCGCACGGCUCCCCGCGGGUCAGUGUGACCGAUGACACCUGGCUGGGCAACAGCACCCAGUACACCAGCUCGGCCAUUGUGGCGGCCAUCAACGCCCUGACCACCGACAGCAGCCUGGAUCUGGGCGAGGGCGUCCCUGUCAAGGCCCGUAAGACGGCCCUGGAGCACUCGCCCUCCGUGGCACUGAAGGUGGAGCCGGCCGGUGAGGACCUGGGCACCACACCGCCCCCGCCCGACUUCGCGCCCGAGGAGUUCGGCUUCCAGCACAUCCGGAAGGGCGCCUUCUGCGACCAGUACCUGUCGGUGCCGCAACACCCGUACCAGUGGGCGAAGCCCAAGCCGCUGCCGCCCGCAGCCUACGUGAGCCCGUCUCUCCCUGCCCUGGACUGGCAGCUGCCCUCCCACUCGGGCCCCUACGAGCUCUGCAUCGCGGUGCAGCCCAAGCCCCACCACCGAGCGCACUACGAGACCGAGGGCAGCCGGGGGGCCGUGAAGGCGUCGGCUGGAGGACACCCCGUCGUGCAGCUGCACGGCUACCUAGAGAAGGAGCCACUCACACUCCAGCUCUUCAUCGGGACGGCAGAUGACCGGCUGCUGCGGCCCCACGCCUUCUACCAGGUGCACCGGAUCACGGGGAAGACCGUGUCCACCACCAGCCACGAGGCCAUCCUCUGCAACACCAAAGUGCUGGAGAUCCCGCUGCUGCCCGAGAACAGCAUGCGAGCCAUCAUCGAUUGUGCCGGGAUUUUAAAGCUCAGAAACUCCGACAUCGAGCUGCGGAAAGGAGAGACGGACAUCGGCCGGAAGAAUACCCGCGUGCGGCUGGUCUUCCGCGUGCACAUCCCGCAGCCCGGCGGCCGGACGCUGUCCCUCCAGGUGGCGUCCAACCCCAUCGAAUGCUCCCAGCGGUCAGCCCAGGAACUGCCCCUCGUGGAGAAGCAGAGCAUAGACAGCUACCCGGUCGUCGGCGGGAAGAAGAUGGUCCUGUCCGGACACAAUUUCCUGCAGGACUCCAAGGUCAUUUUCGUGGAGAAGGCUCCAGAUGGCCACCACGUCUGGGAGAUGGAAGCGAGGACUGACAGAGACGUGUGCCAGCCGAACUCAUUGGUGGUCGAGAUCCCGCCUUUCCGCAACCAGAGGGUCACCAGCCCCGUGCACGUGAGCUUCUUCGUCUGCAACGGGAAGAGGAAGCGGAGCCAGCAGCAGCCUUUCACCUACCUUCCCGCCCACGUUCCAACGAUAAAGACCGAGCCCAGCGACGACUACGAGCUGGCUGCGACCG